GGGCAGCGCUUUGAGGCUCUGUGUGUGAGGAGUGAGCAGCAGCUGCAGAUAGAACAGAAGGUUCGGGAACAUCUAGAACAGGAAUAUCAUUGUACCCUUUGCAUGUAUGUAGCUUUAUAUGCUGCAAACCGUCACUGUGCUGCAGAAACGUAUACAUAGCUAUAUAAGACGGCUCACUAGUUGCGUUACUUGCACGUCCUCUAGUACUGAGUGAAACAAAAGUUGCCUCUGUGUGCAGAGUGUAGAUCUACUGGAAACAGAGCGCUGUGCCGCUGCCUUUGUACCAAUAAAAAGCUGCCGUUAGCUGAGCAUAAUAUUCUCGAGUGUUCCAGCCACAGUGCGUGUCCGCCCCCUUUAUAGUUAAAGUGCAGUCCGGUGACAUUAGGUGAGGAUGAGGUUGUCACCCCGAUCAGCUAAUUCGGUGCCAGAGAUCAUUUGCAGCCGAUGUAGUGGAGUCUGCAACAACAAGGAACUAGGAAUCAGUAUUCCUCGACCCGUAAGACAAGGACCUAGCAGGUUCAUCCCAGCAGGAGAGAUUCUUCAAGUUGGAAGGGAGGAUGCAAAUAUGCACUCUGUAUUUUCUGAUGCUUUCACAGAUAUGGGUCGUCUGGAUAACAUAACACUGGUGAUGGUUUUUCACCCACAGUACUUGGAGAGCUUUCUAAAGACACAGCACUAUCUGUUACAGAUGGACGGCCCUCUGCCUGCUUGUUACCAGCACUAUAUUGGGAUUAUGGCAGCAGCAAGGCACCAGUGCUCUUAUCUUGUGAAUCUACAUGUCAAUGACUUUAUUCAUAAUGGAGGAGACCAAAAAUGGUUGAAUGGCCUUGAAAAUGCACCUCAGAAGUUGCGCAACCUGGGAGAACUGAACAAGAUGCUGGCGCAUAGACCGUGGCUUAUUACCAAGGAGCACAUUGAGCAACUACUAAAAACUGGUGAACACAGCUGGUCUCUAGCAGAAUUAAUCCACGCAGUAGUCCUCCUUGCACACUACCAUUCGUUAGCCUCUUUUACAUUCGGUUGUGGAAUAAAUCCAGAAAUUCACAGUGACGGUGGCCCUACCUUCCGCCCUCCCUCUGUCAGCAACUACUGCAUUUGUGAUAUUACUAAUGGCAACUAUGUGGGUCAUCAGACACAAGUUGGUGUGAUGGGUACAGAUUCUUGUGAAGUUGAAGCUUUAAUGGAAAAAAUGAAACAGCUACAAGAAUGUAGGGACGAGGAAGAAGCAAGUCAAGAAGAGAUGGCAACUCGUUUUGAAAGGGAAAAGACGGAAAGCAUGUUGGCAUUUGCUACAGAAGAUGAAGACCCUCCUCCUGCACGAGAUGUUUCUCGUCAUUUUGAAGAUACAAGUUAUGGAUAUAAAGAUUUCUCACGUCGUGGGAUGCAUGUGCCUACAUUUAGAGUGCAGGAUUACAGUUGGGAAGACCAUGGCUAUUCGUUAGUUAAUCGCCUUUAUCCAGAUGUUGGGCAGCUAUUAGAUGAGAAGUUCCAUAUUGCUUACAACUUGACAUAUAACACCAUGGCAAUGCACAAAGAUGUAGAUACCUCAACUCUGAGACGUGCAAUAUGGAAUUAUGUGCACUGCAUGUUUGGGAUAAGAUAUGAUGAUUACGACUAUGGAGAAAUUAAUCAGUUAUUGGACCGAAGCUUUAAAGUUUACAUAAAAAAUGUGGUGUGCAGUCCAGAAAAGACCACAAAGCGAAUGUAUGACAGUUUCUGGAGGCAGUUCAAGCACUCUGAGAAGGUUCAUGUUAAUUUGCUUCUUAUGGAAGCGAGAAUGCAAGCUGAAUUACUGUAUGCUCUGAGAGCAAUUACUCGUUAUAUGACCUGAUUUCUACUUGACUAAAAGAAAAAAAAAACAAAGAGGAAUGUAACCAGGGCAAUACUGCAUUGUGAACUGUUGGUUCUCCUUGCCUUUACGGUAGAUAACUUUCUGAAGUUUAAUGUGCCAUAUCUCCCAUCAUAUCAGCGGUUUGGUUACUACCGCUGAGAACUGUAACAACCGAAUGUUGUGGUGAGUUGAUGCUGCUUUAGUAUCCUGCCAUGUAUAUGCAAAUCUGUUUGCAUCAAAUACAGCCAAUGUCACGGGUAAAUCACUUGUGGAUGAGAAGUUGAAGGCAGCAAAGAUAUUUCAAGAAGUCGGACUGGAUUUAUUUUUUUCCUCUUCACCCCAGCCAUGUGUGUACACAGAAUGAAACUCCAGAGGUGCUGCUAUUCUAUUGACGGUGUAAUGAACAAGAUGCAGGCAUCCCAUAAACACAUUCAUGAACACUGCUACAAGCUGAGCCUAUAGUCUUAUGGAUGUACAAAUAAGUUCGUUUUUUUAUUAUUAUUUGUGCAUGUUUUGUGGUCAAAGAAUUGCAGCAAAUAUCAUGCAUCUGCCUUUUUGCUGGAUACGGCUUCCCUUAAUGUGUUUUGCUGUAAGAAGCUGUGAGAUCUAUACAUACAAUAUUUUUUGUAUUAUUAAAGAAAGCAAAACUGAA